AUGACAGCCAAGGUUUCUUCAUCAUUUCUUACAUUACCCGUCGAAAAUGUUUAUCGUAUACUGGAUCAUCUUGAUGAAUUAACAAUUUUUCUCUCAUUGAGAAAUGUUUGCAUGCGACUCAAUACAAUCGUUGAUACUUACAAUCGGUAUCAGACAUUGAUUACACUAAAUCUAUCAACUAAUGAUAUUGGCAAUAGAGGUGUACAAUAUAUAGCUAAUGCAUUACAAUAUAAUAGAACACUCACAACUCUUAUUCUUAUAUGUAAUGAUAUUGGUCCUACAGGAGCAAAACAUUUGAGUAUGGCAUUAACUAAAAACAAUACGCUUAGAACACUAAAUCUUCGAUGGAACAAUAUUGGUCCUAAUGGAGCAAAAUGGUUAGCUGAUGCAUUGGAAACUAAUCAAACACUGAUGACACUGGGUCUUGAAGGAAAUAGUAUUGGCUCAAAAGGAACACAAUACUUAGCAAAUGCAUUGCAGAACAAUCAAGCACUUACAACACUGAAUCUUUGUGAAAAUUUAAUCGAUGCAGAAGGAAUUAAACAUCUAGCUCAUGCAUUAUCAAAGAAUAAAACACUUACAUCAUUAAGUCUCGUAUCAAAUAUAAUUAACGUCGAUGGAGCCAAAUAUUUAGCUGAUGGAUUACAACAUAAUCAGACACUUUUAAUACUGAAUCUUGCAAAAAACGAAAUGGGUUUUGAAGAAACGCUUACAAGUUUGAACUUUGCAUGGAAUGAAAUGGGUAAUCAAGGAGCACAAUAUUUAGCUGAUGCAUUAAAAAAUAACAGAACACUCAGACAGCUGGAUCUAUGUGGAAGUCAAAUAUAUGACUUAGGAGCUGAAUAUUUAUUUGAUGCAUUAACGAUAAAUCGUGUAAGAUAA